AUGGGUGCCCAAGCAGCUUCCGACACCAAGGCCUCUAGCACGUCAAUUGACGCUCUGAGAGCCGCCAUCCCCAAGCACUGCUUCCACAAGUCGACGGCCACCUCCAUGAGCUACAUCGUGCGAGACAUCACCCUCGUUUCUGCCGUGUUCUACAUGGGAACCCAGAUCCAAUAUGUACCUUCGUUCCCUUUGAGAUGCGCCUUGUAUGCUUUCUACAGCGUGCUCCAAGGAUUCGUCUUUGUUGGUAUCUGGAUUUUGGCUCACGAGUGUGGCCACCAAGCCAUGUUCGACAAUGGCGCAGUCAACGACACUUUCGGCCUUAUUUUGCACAGCUUCUUGGGUGUUCCUUACUUCUCAUGGAAGUACAGCCAUGCCAGACAUCACAGAUACACCAACCACAUGGAGAAGGACACUGCAUUCGUUCCUGCUAAGAAGGACGACAACCAAAUCAUGACCAAGGUCCAGGAGAAGGUCAAGCAUAUCUUCCACAUGACUGAGGAUGCCCCUAUCGUUAGCUUGCUCUUCCUCAUUGGACACCAACUGAUCGGCUGGCAAGCAUACAUGCUCUUCUACGCAUCCUCCGGCUACAAGAGUCUGGCACUUUCCAAGGACCCUCGCACUACCUCUAACCUCAGCCACUACUCUCCCAUGUCUCCCAUCUACCUGCCGUCCCAGCGUUUGGCUAUCCUGGUCUCUGAUCUUGGUCUUCUCGCAGUCGGAUAUGGUCUCUACUACGCCACCCAGGUUAUGGGAUUGACCCAGGUUGCACUCCUUUACGGCCUUCCCUACCUCUGGGUUAACCACUGGCUCGUUGCCAUCACUUACCUUCACCACAACCACGGCGAUGCCGAGCACUUCGAGCAGGGCACUUGGACAUUCGAGAAGGGUGCCUUGGCCACUGUCGACAGAGACUUCGGUUUUGUUGGCCGUGAGCUGUUCCACGGUAUUAUUGAGUUCCACGUUGUCCACCAUCUUUUCCCUCGAAUUCCAUUCUACCACGCUGAGGAGGCUACUGGCGCCAUCCAGCCCAUGCUUGGCAAGAAGUACAUUCGCGACAACACUUCAUUCUUGAAGGCACUCUGGAAGAACUUCACCAGCCACCACUAUGUCGUUGAGCACGAGACCAAGCCCGGUACUCUUGUCUGGGCAAAAUAA